UCUCAACCUAAUACAUUGAACCGAGAGCAUUACGGAUAUUUCUUCACAAUGGAUUCAAUGGCUUUAGACGAAGCUUUUCAAGAACACCGCUGCGAGAUGGAAGACGAGUCCGGAUCCGAUGAGUUUGAGUGUGCGGAUGAUUCUGACGACGAUCCCUCUUUCGGCAUCGUGGAGGAAACCCGUUCUGCUAUAUCCAAGCUCUCCAUAAGAAAACCUAGAGCCAGCAGGAGAUCAAAAAUUGUUGAUGGCAACUUGGAGAGUGAAUCCGAGAGGGAAACUGUGGGGGAUGAGAUCCCCAAGCUGGAUAAGAAGGAUGAGAAAUCCUUUGAGAUGGUUGAACAGCUUAUCAAAGCAGGUGCCCAUUUAGAGAAACUUACACUUGAUCAGUGCAAGGUCUACCUGAGAAAGUAUGGUUUGAGAUUAACAGGCAACAAAGGAAUCCUAAUUUCCAGAAUUAGAGAACACCAAGAGAUCAUUGAUGGCUGUGGGGAGAAGAAAUAUCCACCAGAGAGCUUUGUGCUUAACUGCAAAGGUGAUGCUUGUCUGGGAGAUGUGGUCAUCUUUGAACAGAAUGUAUAUGAAAUGUUCAGCAUCGCAUCCAGGAGUGCUACUGGUCCACCAUGUGGCACCAGGACAGUUGCUGGUCGUAUUGUAAAGGAAAGUUAUGGUGUUGCCAAGCAGCAACACACAUUCACAAUUGAAGUUCUUUGGAGCAAAGGAGAGAAACCAUUGCCACCUCUUCGUCAGCUUCUCAUCAAGGGAAGGAAUCUUUAUAGGAUUAAGACAAUGAGACAGAGGUGGGUUGAUGAAGGGGAAAGAUUUAAAGUGUUGCAAGAGAAGCAUGGAAGGGGCGCCCAUGCUAGAUAUUCAAGAGAAAUAAGGAUACAGGAGAAGGAAAAAAGGACAAAUGGAAUGAUGAUUAAAAGGAAGAAUUUAACUGGUGAUCGCAUUCCAGCAGUCAAAGAAAAUCAGCAUCCACAUAAAGCUAAUGUUCAGCAAAAUAAAAUGUUGAAAAACAAGGAUGGUAUUCUCCAACAUGCUGGUCGUGAUCACCAUCAUCAGGUGCAUCAUAGCUUUCAAACCUUGGAGUCGAGGAAUUCAGGGAUGAAUUUAACAGAUGAUCACAUUCCGCCAGAUAAAGAAAAUCAGCAUCCAAAGAUCGCUGAUGCUCAGCAAAUGAAUUUUUUGAAUAACAAGGAACAUAAACAAGAACAGGAGGUGAAAAUAAAUGUAACUAGUGUUGCCACCACUCACCAAAUAGAUCAUGCCCUACUUCUCCAAAAAUCUCCUCAGAGCAUUUUGGGGAAGCCCAAAACAGCUGACCAAAUAGAUCAUGUCUUAUUUCUCCAACAUCCUCCUCAGAGCAUUUUGGGGAAGCCCAAAACAGCUGAACGGGCUGUCUUCUCUGCUCAAGCUCAGAGCAUUUUGGGGAAGCCCAAAACAGCUGAACAGGCUGUCUUCUCUGCUCAAGCUAGUAACCCGCAAUAUUCGAAUUCACAAAAAAUUCUGUAUAUGAAAUAUGGCGGUCAUGACCGCAAUUAUCAGACGAAAUAUCAUGGCUUUAAAGCCAUGGAGUCAAGGAAUUUGGCGUAUGUGAGACCUCAUCAUGUUCAUCAAUGGCAUAACAAGGCAAAACCUUAUGAUUUUCAUGGCGGUCAUCUCCAGCAUAACAAUGAUUAUCUUCAGAUGAAUCGGACUUCUGGGGUAAAUCAUUUCAAAUAUGUUCCAUUGCAGCAACAACAUCCAGAAUACCAAAGACAAACAUACCACUAGUUCAGUCAAGGCCAGUGAUGUUUGCAGAAACUAAAAGUAUUUCUUCUUCAGGUUAGAAUUCAGAAAUGCACCCCUUUUUGCGGUUUUUUUAGUCCUAUUUCAGGCACUUUUGGUAGGAUUAAUGGUGGAUGUUCACUUGAGCAUAUUCUGUAACGAGUGGUUAACAGAUUUAAAUCUUCUUCACUUGAGCAUAUUCUGUAACGAUUGGUUAACAGAUUUAAAUCUUCUUAGCUCAAUGGUAGAGCAGAAUAUUCAUAAA